AUCACAAUAAACCUUCAACAGCAAGUGUCGUCAACGAGCAACGCCGUCAGUGGGUUUUUUUGUUUUUAAUUUUUAAAAAAUUAUUUUAUUCGAUUUUUUUUUUUUGCAGCAUAUUUGCUCGAUCCCAAACCAGCGAAGGAUGCCAUUCCUCGGACAGGACUGGAGGUCCCCGGGACAGUGUUGGGUUAAGACCGAGGAGGGAUGGAAAAAGACAACCGUGGACGAGAAAAACAACAACAUCUCCGUGGAGAGGUUUGUCAUCAAAAUGCCUUCUGCAAAGCCGAGCAUGAGUGUUUCAACAAGGAGAACUUGCUGCUUUCUCUCAGCUUUGACAUGGCUGCCAAGAAGAGGAAAAAAGACCUCAUGAACAACAACACCAAGGUCUCAUAUUUCCACAGGGAAAAGUGGAUUUAUGUUCAUAAAGGAAGCACCAAGGAGCGCCACGGCUAUUGUACCCUGGGGGAAGCCUUCAACCGCUUGGAUUUCUGCAGCGCCAUCAAGGACACGAGGAGGUUCAAUUAUGUGGUCAGACUCCUGGAGCUUAUCGCCAAGUCGCAGCUCCCCUCACUCAGUGGCGUGGCUCAGAAGAACUACAUGAAUAUUCUGGAGAGGGUGGUGCAGAAAGUUAGUGACCGGUCUCUAAUCGCUCGUCAAAACUCCUGCCGCAGUGCUCGACGACCAGCAGGACGUGCGUCCCAUCAAAGAGCUGCUUCAGACGCUCUAUCUCUCGCUGUGCGGUCUGGUUCAGGACAUGGGCAAGUCUGUGCUGGUGGGGAAUAUCAACAUAUGGGUGCACCGCAUGGACAAUAUCCUGCAAUGGCAGCAGCAGCUAAACAACAUCCAUAUCAACAGGGCAUGACGCUGAUGGAGCUGCCUGCCAGCCUGCAGCUGAACAUCAUGCAGCGUCUUUCGGAUGGCAGGGACUUGGUCUGCCUGGGCCAAGUUUGUCCAGAAUUGGGGGGCCUUGCUGAGGACCGCCUGCUUUGGAAGAGACUCUGCCAGUACCACUUCACAGACAGACAGAUCCGAAAGCGUCUGAUGGUGUCAGACAAAGGUCACCUGGAAUGGAAGAAGAUGUACUUCAAGCUGAGUCGCUGCUAUCCUCGCCGAGAGCAGUACAGCGACACUCUGCACUUUUGCUCACACUGUCACAUCCUUUUCUGGAAGGACACAAAUCAUCCCUGCACUGCUAACAACCCAGAAAGCUGCACCAUGGCCCUGUCCCCUCAAGACUUCAUCAACCUUUUUAAAUUCUGAUGCGCUCCCUCCCUCUGAAAGAGAUGAGCUGCAUGUACAUAGUGUACAUUAACAUGUAUGUUUUGUUUUAUCGAUUCCGGCAUGUAUAUUCAGAUGAGAUCAGGCAGUGGGACAUAUAUGCAAUUGAGAUUUGUUUACGUUUUUAGGUAAGAGGCUGUCAUUGUUAAGUGAGUGAAGGAGCGCUCAGGAAUUUUGGAGCAAUCAUCCUUGAGCAAGAAGUGGGAGCAGUAGAAGUGAGGAAAUGCAGUAGUUUUAGUUUGUUGUUGGUUAUAGUUGAUUUCAAGGCAGGAAUUUGGUAGGUUAUUCAUACGAGUAAAUAUGUAAAAUGAUUAUUUUAUAUUGUAUUGUUAUAGCUGACCACAUUGGGAGUACAGUGUUUAAAGCACAGAGGGUAUGGUUUGGUUUGGCACUGCUAUUACUGGAGGCUUCAGUACUGACGAGAAAUCAAAUGGAAGCGACCGGGUGUAAAUGCACCAUGUUUUGUUUUUUUUAAUUUACUUUUACACUUUUAUAAAGAUUUGAUGCAUUUUUUAAUGUCUUCAUUUUCUGCCGUGGCUGCUAUUGCAAUUGUUUAUGACUGAGAUACGUGCAACUUGGUGUGCCUUAUUGCAAAACUUGAAACUGGUACAUUAUUCCAGAUCCUGAUGCUGUUUAAUGAUUUUGAACACAAUCGUGUAUUUUCUUAGAUACCAAAGAAUAUGUGGAACAUUUUUUUUUUUUUUUAAUUUUAUUAUAAAGCCUCCUGCAUUUUAAAGCAUCAUGCUGCGUAGUUAUUAAAAUUCUGGUUAAGUAGCUCAGCUUGUCUAAAUGGAUUUUGAAAGAACUGCAGUCAUAUCCAGACUUAAUCUUAGCACUGCUCUACCAAUUGUUGUACAUGCUAUGCAAAGCAUUCUGUAAAUGUCUGUUAUGUCAAUAAAAUGUUUACUUUCAAAA